AUGUCAAGGUCCGCAACACCUUCAUUGCCUUUGCAUAAUGCAUCAAACGCCGCCGACUUUCUUGGGCCUCCCUCCGCAACACCUAUGACCGGACGGCCAAAUGCUCCACCGUCCACAUCCACCUCAACAUAUUCGUGGCUCGAGCCUCAUGAAACUGCCGAGCGACUACGAACCUCCCUUUUACACGGCCUGACACCCGCCGAAGCAGAGAUACGCUUGGCCAGAGAUGGACCGAACGAGCUUCCCCACGAUGAGCCGGAACCCCUCUGGCUGCGGUUUCUUAAACAAUUCAAGGAGACGCUGAUUCUCCUCCUCCUUGGUUCUGCUGGAAUCUCUUUUGUGAUGGGCAACUACGACGAUGCCAUCAGCAUUACUCUUGCGGUAACAAUUGUUGUGACUGUUGGCUUUGUUCAAGAGUAUCGGUCGGAGAAGUCGCUGGAAGCAUUGAGCCGACUUGUACCCCAUUAUGCGCAUUUGAUCCGUGAUCUUCCAACAGCUUCCUCCACGGCAACUGAGAAUGGUAGUACAUCGCCCUUAGGAUCAUCCGUGGAAAUGGAUGAAAUUCGGAGCAAAAGCCCAGGCUCCGCGUCUGCCGCGGUCAAGGCUUCUUCAACCGUUCCUGCGAACGAACUUGUGCCCGGAGAUUUGGUUCUUUUCACCACCGGAGACCGUAUUCCCGCCGAUAUUCGAAUCACCGCUGCAACACAUCUCAGCAUUGACGAGUCAAACUUGACUGGAGAGAACGAGCCUGUAGCGAAAUAUGCGGAAGCUCUGCGCACCGCAUCUGGCAGGACCACUCCAGCGCCAAAAGGAAUAGAACCCCCUCGAUCGCCAUUCUAUGAUGCACCGGCAACAGGUGCUGUUGGUGCUGACAUUCGGUUGAACGAGCAGCACAACGUUGCGUUCAUGGGUACACUAGUCCGCUCAGGCUACGGUCAGGGCAUCGUUAUAUCGACCGGCGCAAAGACGGAGUUCGGCAGUAUAUCAGCUUCGCUACAAGAAAUCGAAAGCCCUCGAACACCCUUACAACUGUCCAUGGAUCGUUUGGGCCAAGAGCUGAGUUAUAUCUCUUUCGGUGUCAUUGGAUUGAUCGUGGUUAUCGGUCUUAUUCAAGGUCGUAAGAUUCUCGAAAUGUUCACAAUCGGUGUUUCGCUGGCCGUCGCAGCGAUCCCAGAAGGCUUGCCUAUCAUUGUCACUGUCACGCUCGCUCUCGGCGUCCUGCGCAUGGCUAAGAGGGGGGCGAUCAUGCGAAGACUCCCCAGCGUUGAAACUCUUGGUUCUGUCAAUGUCGUCUGCUCGGACAAGACUGGAACUCUCACUCUCAACCACAUGACAGUUACCAAAAUGUGGCAUUUCGACUGCGCAGAACCAUUCGAGGUGCAAAGAGAAAUGACCUCGGUGAUUGCUCCUGGUCCUGCAGCGCAGACAAUCCUUCGCGUUGGUAAUAUUGCAAACAACUCUCGUUUGUCCCGGAUGCACGCAAACUCGCCAGCUAGCGCAUCUUCUGCGGCAGUACUUUCUUCGACCAUCAACAGUGAUUCGGCUGCUGCUAAAAGUCGAUGGGUGGGUCAGCCCACCGAUGUGGCAAUCUUGGAUCUAAUGGAUGCCCUGGGAGAAGAUGAUGUGCGGGAUCGUAUCAGCCCUCGCAUCCAUGAGACCCCAUUCAGCUCCGAGCGGAAAUGGAUGGGUGUUGUUAUCGGCAAUUCUGAUGGUUUAAAUGGAGGUCCCCAUGUUGCCUAUAUCAAGGGUGCUCUCGAACAGGUCCUGGCGCGAUCGGAUACCUAUCUCACCAAGGAUGGUCGGGAAGUAAUUCUAGACGAGCCCCGUCGCAAAAUCGUUCGGGAAGCAGCAGAGAAUAUGGCAUCAGAGGGUCUUAGAGUCCUCGCUUUUUCCAGUGGAGUUGUUCGUGAUACCUCUAGAGGUGGCAGAGGCUUUGGCAGUCGGUCGUCCCCGAAACUCGUCCAUGGUGAUGAUGACGAGCGGUACAACGGCUUGGUCUUUGCUGGACUGGUGGGUAUGAACGACCCGCCGCGUAAAGAUGUGCACAAAUCCAUUCGACGCUUGAUGUCUGGUGGUGUCAGAAUCAUCAUGAUUACUGGCGACGCCGAGACAACAGCUGUGGCCAUUGCGAAGAAGCUUGGGAUGCCAGUCAAUGAUUCCCCGCAUGCACGUUCGGUCAUCGGAGGUGAUGAACUCGACCGCAUGACUGCCGCCGAACUUGCCCAGGCGAUCUCAACGGUCUCGAUCUUUGCCCGUACGAGCCCAGACCACAAGAUGAAGAUUGUGACAGCACUGCAAGCCCGCGGCGAUGUGGUUGCCAUGACCGGUGAUGGUGUCAACGAUGCGCCCGCUCUGAAGAAAGCUGACAUAGGUAUUUCCAUGGGCAAGCUCGGCACCGACGUUGCCAAGGAGGCGGCGGACAUGAUUCUGACGGACGACGAUUUCUCGACUAUCUUGCGAGCAAUCGAACAGGGCAAGGGCAUCUUCUAUAACAUCCAGAACUUCAUUACGUUCCAGCUUAGUACCAGUGUGGCUGCACUCAGUCUUGUACUGCUGAGCACCACUCUUGGCUUCAAGAAUCCGCUGAAUGCUAUGCAGAUCUUGUGGAUCAAUAUUCUCAUGGAUGGCCCGCCCGCCCAGUCCCUAGGCGUCGAGCCCGUCGACCCUACCAUCAUGAACCGCCCACCACGACCCAAGACAGCCCGUGUUCUGACAAAACCUCUGAUCCAGCGCGUCCUCACCUCAGCCAUGAUAAUCAUGAUUGGCACAUUGUCAAUCUACAUUCACGAAAUGGGCGAUGCCACCGACGGCAGCCCAGUCGAGAAGCGCUCCCGCGUCGUCACCGCGCACGACACUACCAUGACAUUCACCUGCUUCGUUCUAUUCGACAUGUUCAACGCAUUGACCUGCCGCAGCGAGGGCAAGUCCGUCCUGCGCGGUGAAAUGCCGCUGUUUGGAAACAAGAUGUUCAAUUACGCUGUUCUCGGCUCCUUGGCCGGACAGGCCUGCGUGAUCUACCUGCCGUUCCUGCAGCGCGUCUUCCAGACCGAGGCUCUCGGCUUCGGGUCCUUGGUCAAGCUAGUCUUCAUUGCCAGCUCGGUAUUCUGGGUGGAUGAAGGCCGCAAGUAUCUGCAUGCGAUCCGCCGUCGGCGUGGGGUUGGUUCCGGUUAUAGCGUCAAUGUCUGA